CGGAAGAUAGGGCUUUCCCCCUUUCCCCUCCCUCUCCUUUUCUCCAACAAGUCAGUCUGUCAGCGAGCUAGGACAAAUCUCACCACAAGGCUUUUCAGCAGCAAGUGAAGGAGACAGGAGCACGAAGCGCUCUACUAAAGCCAUAACCCACCGGGAUUUAGCCAUCCAACGCCACCGCCACUUCACCGCACUCUCAUGUUCUUCGUGUUGUCUCUCUAUUAAGGACGUUCAUCGAUGUGCUAGAGUUUAAAAUUUAUUUCUACUUUCUUUAUUUGGUUGCCUUUUUUUUUUUUUUUUUUUUUACUUUUUAUUCUCAUGCCCACAUUUGAGACCUGCAUGCCAGAUCUGAUCGGUUUCGUCGAAAUCCAGCGCGCAAGAAGGAGCCGGAGUGAGUGAAGGGCUCAGUGCGCUGAGGAAUUACGAGGAGAGAGCGCAGGAGAGCAAGUGGAGGAGAGAAGAAAAAUAAGGAGGAAAAGAAAGGCAUCGGCGCGGUUUUCCUACUGAGAAUGUAACUUUGCGAGGCCAGAACGCAUUUCGUUUUUAAUCACGCAUCCAUCUGUUGUCGUGCUUUUAUUGUUUGAUUUUUUGCAUCCUUUAUCUCUUGGAAGAGAAGAAGAAGAAGAAAAAAAACGCAACAGAAGACGGAAGGGACGAAAAAAGGGUAAUGGGAAAGAAGAGAGAUCUUGCAGCCGAAGACAGCGCGAGAAUUUCAAUACAAUUAGACUCUUGCCAAUUGUAAAGCUGACAAACCCGGAUUAAAAAAGCGACUUUGUGUUAGGAUUGCUGCUGUUAGUGGAGUUUUCUUUCCACGACUGACCGAGCCACAGACUUUGAGGAAAGAACAAAAAGCCAGCAAUUAAAAAAAAUAUUCUAGGCUUUCUGUAAAAGUGUGCCUUUACAGAAUAUUUAGUGGGAUUUCAUCUGCUGCAUCUCAAAGCGGAUAAUCCAAACUCGACAUUAAUAAACCGUGCGGGGUUUUUUUGUGCCUUUGGUUUUGCGUUGAUAUCCAUGCGGACACAUUGCACCUUAACGCACUGACGGAUUCCCCCUGUAGCCUUACUGAGCUUUAGGCUUUGUUCCUAAAGGCUUCCUUCUACUGUGUUUUCGGGGGGAAAAAAUCUCCUUUAUCCAUGAUGGGGGAACGCAGAGCGGGUUCUGGGCUUGAAAUGGCGAGUCCGAGCUGUGCAAACGCGCUGGGAUUUCUCCUCAUAUUAUUGGUGGAUUUACUCGGAAUCACGGCGACGAACAUGGAGCCAAUCUACUGGAACUCCUUGAACAAAAGGUUUAGUGAUGAUAGAGGUUAUAUCCUGUACCCUCAGAUAGGGGACCGCCUGGACCUCAUCUGUCCUGCGUCAGACCCCCCAGGACCCCGCGCUCCAGCCGAGUACGAGUACUACAAGCUCUACCUGGUGUCCUCCCGUGAGCAGGCAGACAGAUGUGAGGUGACAGGAGCUCCGAACCUGCUGCUCACCUGUGACAAGCCCAACAGCGAUAUGCGCUUCACUAUCAAGUUCCAGGAGUACUCGCCCAACCUCUGGGGACACGAGUUCAAAACCAUGCACGAUUACUACAUCAUCGCCACGUCAGAUGGCACGCGUCAGGGGCUGGAGAGCAUGAGAGGAGGAGUGUGUGCCACACAGGGCAUGAAGGUGGUGCUGAAAGUUGGACAAAGUCCCUAUGGAUUGCCCCCCAAAUCAGCCAAACCAGACCAGGCAGGUCAUACCAACACCAGAAACCAAGGUGGCAACACGACUCUCCCUAGAGUGCCUGGUGGGGGCGGAACCACAGCAGGCGGUGCGAACGGUCCUCUCCCCGCCUCCAACAUUGCCGUCAUCGCAGGAGCAGCCGGAGGCUCCGCCUUCCUCCUUCUGGUCACUGCAGUGAUUUGUGUGGUGUGCUACCGCCGGCGGCACUCAAAGCAUUCGGAGUCGCACCACCCGCCACUUUCUCUCUCUUCUUUGACCUCACCCAAGCGCGGGGGUGGAGGAGGAGGUGGGAACAACAACGGCUCCGAGCCCAGUGACAUCAUCAUCCCGCUGCGUACUUCAGACUCGGCCUACUGCCCGCACUAUGAGAAGGUUAGCGGGGACUACGGGCAUCCAGUCUACAUUGUGCAGGAGAUGCCACCUCAGAGCCCCGCCAACAUCUACUACAAAGUAUGAGGACGGGCACACAGCGAAUUAAUGCCAGCCUGCAGUGCCCAGACCACGUCCCCUCACCUACUACCUAAACCAUAGCAGUAUGAACCGACUUCUCCUGUAUCUCUGCAGUCUCAGCUCUGACUGUGAAAGCCCCAAACCCUGUGACUGAAACCCACACACACAUACACACACACCACACUCACAAAUAUAUAUAUAUAUAUAUAUAUAUAUAUAUAUAUACACAUGUAUACACACACCUCCUAAACCUCUGACUCUUCUAAUGAGGAGGAGCGUGUUUUAAGUAUUGAGAGAAAAUCCCUGUGUGAGGGCUAUUUUUUCUUCACCUAGGAGCAUGAAAAGCUCUCAUAACAUUAAACCAGACCCCUUUUGGAGCAAGAGAGAAGCAAUGUCUUGACGUCUCUUGAAGGCGUCCCCGAGUAACACACCGUAAAAUGAACCAUUGUGAAAUACCGACAAAAAUGAAAUAAUACUAAAAAAAAAAAGAAAAAAAGAAGAGACUGAAAGUAAACUGAUCCUAGAGCAGUGUGAUGUUACCUGAACUUGAAGACUACAAUAACUCACAAAUAGCAGUUUAGUUUGUCCCAUUUGUGUUUCGUUAUUCCUCGGAUAAGAGGAGGCGCACCUGGCUCAGCCAAUUACAAUGCAGCGCUGCCAUCACAUGACCCAAGGCCCUGCAUUUGAUUAGAGGAGCCAUAGUCGCAUUGAAGAUCUUGUAUAUUUUAAUAACAUGUGCGUAUUUUGUGAGUGCGUAGGGUAAUAAUUAUGACACUGCUGUAGCACAGAGUGCGACAGUGAGUGCGCAUAUCGUGUGCUUCAGUUACAGUGUGUUGGUGUGAGCGAGUGUGUGUGUGUGUGAGAGAGUGAGUGUGUUUAUCUGUAAGAGAGGAUUGUACCUGAGUGAAUGUGAGUUAGACUGUUUCGAAACCAAAACACAAAAAACGAGCGAAUAUCAAAAAGUGUUUUUUUUUUUUUUAUCGCUUUCAUUCAAUAUAGAAAAUAAUUAUAUAUGAAUAUUCAGUAAAAUAAUUUCUAGAUGUCCUUUUCUCCUUUUUUUUUUUUCUUCCAAAAUGUAAAACACCAUAUCUGUUGUUUAGACCAUUUUUCUUCUGCUUUUCUUUUCUGUGCUUUACAAAGAGCUGACCCUGUUUCUCCUUUGUAUUGUAAGUUAAUUUAAUACGUUGUAUUUCAUUUCACAAAGGUUUUCGGUUUCAUUUUAUUUUUUUUAUUUUUUUUUUCCCCCCUAGUCAUUCCUCAUUUUCCAGGAGUCUCCACUCUCCAUGUAUAUUUUUAUAGCUCCUUGUACAAUGAUGUAGUUUUGAAGCUAGACCUCGUUUUGUGAAAGUGUUGAGGUAGAGGCACAAUCUGAGAAGUUUUUUUUGUUUGGUUUUUUAAAUGUGCAAAGACACUUUCUUUUUUUUACAAAAAAAAAAGAAAAAAGAAAAAGGGAGGGGGGUAAAGAAAAGAAUGCCAGAGCUGCCUAUGAAGGAAGGAGAAAAGACGGAACAGAUAGAAGUGCAGGGUAAAGACAAAAAAAAAAAAAGUGAUGGGUGGGGUGGGGGGGGAGAUCCUCGAAGGAUGUCGUCGGGAUGGGGGAGGAUAAAGGGAUGGAGGAACACAGAAGGAAAGAUGGAGCAACAGAGGUGGGCUUUUAACAGACUCUUGAAAGAGGAUGUGUGAAACGGGGGGCUCGGGAAAUGCAAGAUUCUCAACUACACAGAUGGAAAAGAAAGGGGAUUCACUCGCUCUGUCUCAGUCGCUGAGAUGGAAAUAGGCUUUCAUACACCUGCUCGUACUUUUCUGAGGUGGAAAUAUUUGAGGCUCAGUUCAAAUUCCUUCACUCUCUCUCACUACACACCUCAGAAUAUAAUACAGCAUACACACACAUUCCACCGCCACAGAAAUUGAGAUUGCACUUGAAAAGGCACACAAGUCUUUCAAGACACACUCACACACACACACACUGAGUACACAAUCAAAAUCCAUUCUGGAUGUCCACAUAGACGCUGAUUACCUGAAAUGAAUUCUGAUUGGAGUCUCGCACACAAACACACACAUUCAGAUUACACCCUGCAUUCCAGGACUAAAGAACACACACACACACACCAUGUGUGUGUGCCCGAUUGUGCCAACGAGAGUCUCGUAUUUUCAGAAUGUGCUCUUUUACAUUGCUGUGUGUGCUGACGCUAAAAGAUGGUUGUUAAGGUAAUGUACGCUACUGCUCGUGUUACAGUUAAUCAGUAUAUCAGGUUUCCUUACGUUAUGUUCAAAGCUGCAUUGAGACAGAGGACCUCACACACACACACAUACACACACACAUCCAAACCCAUGAACCUUUCAGGCCUUGCACCACAUUGCCGGCGUUUCUAGUGCUCAAAGGCGAGACUUGUUUAGAACCCGGAUAUGAAAAGGACAGAGUUUUUUGUACGAGUGUGUCUGAGUUGAUCUGGUGUAACACUGCAGCAAGUGAACAACAAUGUUUUUUGUGUCAUGUCAAUAUUCUCUGUUAAAUCUUCACAAUCAAGUUGUCAGUGUUGCUUUGUUGUUAAGUGACAAAUAAGUAUGGUGCAUUUAUUUGUUGGUCAGCUUUCAACAUUUCUGUUCAUUAAAUCCUGCUUUUUAUAAGCCAUGUUUCUGUCCUGUGGGUGUGGACUCAUAAGUGCGUGUGUGGUGUAAACACACACACAAAUACAUACAUAUACACAUACACACACACAUGCACACAAACCCCAGCAUCUGAGGACAAUUCAGUGGCAAAAAGCUGGUGUCUCUUAUCUAAUUACGAAGAGUCUUAUCGAACAAUGCGGCCUCCUCGGCGCUGAAGACACCUCUCUGGAAACACGAACAUGUCUGGACUUUGUUUUUUUUCCAUGUUGUUACAUCUUUGUGUUUUUCCUUUCAGCCUUUCUUCAUGCGCUUGUUUUCAGCCAUGGUUGCUGAGACCUGUGUUGUGCAGGCAGAUGAAAAAAAAAAAAGAAAA